UCAUGGCCACUCCAAUACCAUGACUUUGCUGUCCUUAAGCCAUUUUGCCACAACUUUGGAGGUAUGCUUGGGGUCAUUGUCCAUUUGGAAGACCCAUAGCUUUAACUUCCUGGCUGAUGUCUUGAGAUGUUGCUUCAAUAUAUCCACAUAAUAUUCCUUCUGCAUGAUGCCAUCUAUUUUGAAGUGCACCAGUCCCUCCUGCACCAAAGCAUUACCACAACAUGAAACUGCCACGCCCAUGCUUCAUGGUUGAGAUGGUGUUCUUCGUCUUGCAAGCCUCACUCUUUUUUUUCUCCAAACAUAACGAUGGUCAUUAUGGCCAAACAGUUCAAUAUUUGUUUCAUCAGACCAGAGGACAUAUUUCCAAAAAGUUAGAUCUUUGUCCCAUGUGCACUUUCAAACUGUAGUCUGGCUUUUUAUGGUGGUUUUGGAGCAGUAGAUUCUUCCUUGCUGAACAGUCUUUCAGGUUAUGUCGAUAUAGGACACGUUUUACUGUGGAUAUAGAUACUUGUCUACCUGUUUUCCCCGCAUCUUCACAAGGUCCUUUGCUGUUGUUCUGGGAUUGAUUAGCACUUUUCACACCAAACUGCGUUCAUCUCUAGGAGACCGAAUGCAUCUACUUCCUGAGCGGUAUGAUGGCUGCAUGGUCCCAUCGUGUUUAUACUUGUGUACUAUUGUUUGUACAGAUGAACAUGGUACCUUCAGACAUUUGGAAAUUGUUCGCAAGGAUGAACCAGACUUGUGGUGGUCCACAAUUUUCUUUCUGAAGUCUUUGCUGAUUUCGUUUGAUUUUCACAUUAUGUCAAGCAAAGAGGCACUAAGUUUGAAGGUAGGCUUUAACAUACAUCCACGAGUUCACCUCCUUUCAGAAGCUAAUUGCCUAAAGGCUUGACAUAAUUUUCUGGAAUUUUCCAAGCUGCUUAAAGGCAUAGUUAACUUAAGUGUAUGUAAACUUCUGACCCACUGAAAUUGUGAUACAGUCAAUUAAAAGUGAAACAAUCUGUAAAAAUGUUUAGGAAAAAUUACUUGUGUCAUGCACAAAGUAGAUGUCCUAAACGACUUGCCAAAACUAUAGUUUGCUAAUAUGAAAUCUGUGGAGUGCUUAAAAUAUUUGUUUUAAUGACUUCAACCUAAGUGUUUGUAAACUUCUGACUUCAACUGUAUAUUAAUAUUGCUUUAUUUGUUUCACUUGUGAUUAUUGAUGAAAGUCUAUUUACAGCUACAUUUACUACUAUUCUCCCCUCAUAAGUAUGUAUGUCUGUCUAUAUAUUUUUAUAAAUGAUGUACUUUUGAUCCCCAGCACAAUUUUGCAUGGAGUAACUGAAUGGGACGUCAGAGUUGAUUAUGUCAAAACUGUCUCUGGCAGGAAAGCAGUCCUCUGGAAAAGUAUGUGACAUCUGUAAAUGCACUGAAUGGUUUGUGAAUAUUUUGGUGGUCCGUCUUUCUUUGGUAAUACUCAGAACACAGAAUGUCUUUGAAAUCAAUAAAGUGCUGGGUGGAAACAUCAUUUGGUGAACAUUUGGGAGGUUCUGGAGUGAAAAGGACCUUGAAUAAAGGACAACUUUCAGGGGAAAACAAGACUUCCAGGUGGUCUUCUACCAGGGAACAAACAGGAAAAACAUCCAGGAAAAGGAAAGUAGAUGUGUCUGACAACCAAACCAGUGUACAAAGUGAAGCAUUGAAAACAGACCAACAUGAGACCUGGGUGGAUAUGCAUGCUCCCCAAUCACAGGCUGAAUUGGCAGUCCACAAAAAGAAAGUCGAGGAAGUUGAAAGCUGGUUGAGAGUUAAUUUGGACAAAUCAAUAAAGGGUGGCACCAUUCUGUUGCUCACUGGCCCUUCUGGAUGUGGGAAGACUGCCUCUGUUCAAGUUCUUGCCAAGGAUUUGGGUUUUCAGAUCCAAGAGUGGUCUAAUCCCUCCACAACCUCCCAGUACAAAGCAGAGGAUUUGUUCAAGGAAAGCUUUUAUCCAGAGUCAAGGUUUAAUUGUUUCCAUGGCAGCUCCCAAACAGUGUUAUUCCAAGAGUUCCUGCUGAGAGCCAAUAAAUACAACCGUCUACAAAUGAGUCGAGAGAAACUGUCUGAAGACAGAAAAAUCAUUCUUAUAGAGGAUUUUCCAAACCAGUUCUAUAGGAAUCCAGGGUGCUUGCAUGAUAUACUCAGACAGUUUAGUAAGACUGGCCGAUGCCCUCUGGUCUUUAUUGUGUCUGAUAGCCUAAGUGGGGACAAGAACUCUAGACUUCUCUUUAAGGAAGUUCUGCAUGAACUCAAAAUUCACAAUAUUUGUUUUAACCCUGUGGCCCCCACCAGCAUGAUGAAGGUUCUAAGCCGUAUCGUGACCAUCGAGGCAAGAAAGAAUUCAGGCAGGAUCUCUCUUCCUGAUAAAGCUGCUUUAGAGCUCGUCUGCUCUGGAAGCUCAGGAGAUAUUCGCAGUGCCAUCAACAGUUUGCAGUUUUCCUCAUUCACUGGAUCAGACAAAUGUCUGGAGAAGACCCUCUGGGCUUCGAAGAAGGACAAGUCCUCCUCAGUAAAAACUACUGUAAGGGCAAAGGGGAGGAGCAAGUUUUCCACAAGUUUGCAGGCUGAAAGCCCAGCUAUUGGAGGGAAAGAUGCCUCACUUUUCCUCUUCAGAGCUUUAGGGAAAAUCCUCUACUGCAAACGUGAAGGUGGUUCCCAAGCACCCAAGCUGCCUCCACACCUAACAGAGCAUCAGAGGGACAAACUGCUUGUUGAUCCAGAACUUGUCAUUGAGCGUUCUCACAUGUCUGGUGAGUUCUUCAACCUUUAUCUGCAUCAGAACUACCUUGACUUCUUCUCUGAUGUGGAGGAUAUAGCACGGGCCAGCGAGUACCUCUCUGAUGCUGACUUCCUGACAGCAGAAUGGAGUUCAAGGUCUACCUUGUUGGAGUAUGGAUCAUCAGUGGCCACUAGAGGGCUUAUGCACUCCAACUCUUCCAGAGCACAAUCCACAACUGGUUUUAAGCCUCUUCAUAAACCCCAUUGGUUAUACAUAAACAAGACGUAUCGAGAGAAUUGUAUGACCGCACAGUCACUCUUCAUAAAUUUCUGCCGUACCCCUGUGAGCCUCCUGACAGAACAGGUGCCUUAUCUUGCAAAGCUCACUAAUCCACUGAGGAAUCAAGCUCAGAUAAGCUUCAUCCAGAAUGUUGGUCAUCUUUCUCAAAGGAGGGUUCCUGGCAGGCUGAGACUUGAAGCACUUGAUGACAAAGACCCUGGCAUUUUGGAUACUGAAAGUGACUAUGAAGAUGCUUCUGGUGCUCAGUCUCUUGACCCAGGUACCACAUCAGGACAUGCCACAACUGAGUGUAAUCUUCCAAAUGACCAGGAUCCUACCGGGGAACUUUCUGCUAGCCAGCCCCAACUCACAAGCACUGAAGCCUUUCUAAAUGAGGAAGACCUCUUGAUUGAGGAAUUUGACAGUGAUUGACCAGUCGUAUGUCAUGAUUUAAUUGUACUUAUUUAAUGUCACUCACUGCCUUGAUGCAAUUGUUGUAACUCUAGGUCACAGAUUUUUCUUCAUUUUUAAGAUGGAAAUUAUUUGUUAGUUUUUUAUAUUUAUGUGCUUCAACACAACUGUUGACAAUUGUUUAUAUGUUCUUGUGGUGAAACCUAUGUCUCCUGUACACUGUUUCUCAGCAGUUUGUUCUAAGAGUAUUUGUGAAAGUGUCUGUUAAAAUAGAAGAUAGUACAUUUACCGUUAUAAUUAAAGCUUUUAUGUUGUUGCAGUAUAACAUAAAAAUGCUCAGGAACUGAAACGUAGUCAAAUCUACACUUCGGUUUUAAGAAGUGAUUGCAAUAAAGCAAUGUUUGCAACUGUGUUGGGCUUUUUGUUAAGUUGUAAGUCCAGCUCUGUGACUGUAGAGACAGUGUUUUGUAAUGGGAUUCCUGAAAAUACUGCUGGUGGUCCUUGGAGCCAUAUAUAAUGAAAAAAUAAAC